UUACAGAAACUUGAGCAGGAGAAGCAUGUGCUGCGCCAGAAGCUAGCCAUAGCAGAAGAUGAGAGCGAUCAACGUGUGCUCGAGCUGCAGUCAGAUCUCAACGAGCUGAAGGACAAGCUGCAGACGCAGGAUGUGGCCAUCAGGCAAGCGGAAAAGGAAAAGACCAUACUCAUCGAUGAGCUGCAGCACCAGAAUACACGCUUGACCGAGCAGAUACAGGAAGCACAUGCCACCGAAAUGAAGCUCAGCGCACAGAUUCAGGAGCUCAAGGACCAAUAUCACUACAGGAACAGCAGCCUUCAGGAACAUGUCAACAGCCUGGAGUCCAUCAAAACCGAACUAAACCUCACCACAGGCAAACGCCAGGAACUGGAGCGUCGUCUGCAGCACGCCCAGGAGGAGAAGGAGAGUCUCACCUCAUCGCUGGAGGAGGCCUCGGACCGCAUUCAUAUGCUGGAACGACAUGCCCGCGAGCAGGAAACAAAAUUAGAGACCACCUUACAGGCAUUGGAACGUUCCCAGCGUGAGAAUAAUGUGCUCAGCGAGCGCUUGGGCGCGGACGCCAACUCGAGUACGCCGGGCAAAAAAAGUCUACAAUUCGAAAUGGAGUGCGAUGAGGACGAGGCCAGCUUCUCGGAAUCGGGCAAGCCUAGCCAAAUGUGGGUAGAGGCGCGUUCUGUUUAUAUACAACUGAAAUCCCUUGUGGACUCGCUUAAAGUGGGCCACGAUGAUGAUUCAGGUCUCAAUUCUGAUAUAUCGCUGGAUCUGGAGUCGAUGGACAACACGAUGUCUAGCACAGAGCGGAAUGACAGCGAUCAUAUGGCCAUUGAGUUCCGACAGGGCAUGCUGUCCGCCAUGUCGGAUGAGCUGACGCGAUUGCUGCUCAACUUGGAUGCGGGCAACUUUAAGAAAAUGCUGGACCAGACACGCAAUCUAGUGCUGGAGCAGGAGGACGAGAUCAAGCGCAGCCAUCAGCUCAUACAGCAGCUGGAGGCCAAAGUCACAGUGACGGAUGUGGAGUUGCAGAAUGUGAAAGAGGAGCGCGAUCAGGCACGUGGCGAUCUCGUUGACAACACCGAUCGUGAUGAGCUGCUGACCAAGGCGCAAAAGGAACGCGAUGCGGCGAACGAGCGUCGCACCAAGGCCGAAGUGGAGCUGGCCAAGACGCGCGUCGAGCUGAUGCAGGCCAACAGUCAACUGCUGGAGUCCAUUCAGCAGAAGGUGGAGUUGUCGCAACAACUCGAGCAAUGGCAAAUGGACAUGCAGGAGCUGAUCGAUGAGCAGAUGCGCUCCAAACUAAUCAACAACCGUCGCAACGCCCAGUCCGCCGAGACGACGACGACGGCGCCUAGCAGCACGGCAGCCCAGUUGGCCAAGCGGGUCUCCAGCUACAAACUGUGGAGUUUAUUUCAGCGCUAGAUGGGCAAACUUAACAAUACGCUGGAAGAUUUAUGCAACUCUUAUAUUCUUAAUGUAGGAAGGAUCAACUAAAUAUAUAUACAUACAUAUAUUUUUAAUAUUUAUACACAAAA